AUGUGUAAUACUAUAUGCGGUGGUAUAACCACGGGGGUGGGGUUGGUGCUGGUGGUUGUGAGCUGUAUCGUCACCUUCGCCGUCGUCCCGGGCAUAGUCGAUGACCUGGUUAGAAGUGAGGUACAGCUGAUAAAUGAAACAGAACAAAUGGACAGAUUCGAAGAGGUCCCUUUCGCUUUGACCUUCACCGUGAGAAUCUUUAAUAUAUCGAACCCUGAUGAAGUGUUGAAUGGCGGAGUCCCUCAGGUCAGAGACAUCGGCCCCUAUGUUUAUAAAAUGACUCAACGCAGGGUGAUAGAAGCCAUGGAUGCAGAUACGAUCACAUACCGCCGUGUGGACGAUCUAGUUUUCGACGAGGAGGCUUCCUACCCAUACUCCGUCAACGAUACUGUGACCCUCGUGAACGCAGCAUACCACGGUAUGCUUCAAAUGGCUGAGCAGAGAUUCCCAGCUCUGAUGCAAGUGCUACCAGCCGCUAUGAACGGUAUCUUUGGUGAAAACAACGGGCCGAUAAUGACGGUGCGAGCUGGUGACCUGCUCUUUGACGGUAUACCGCUCUGCAGGAACCCUGGCAUCCUCGGAACGAUCGCGUGUAUACAGAUUAGAACAUUGGCGCAGGAUGUCAGGAACAUCGAAGUGAUGGAAGACGGUACCUUGGAGUUCUCUGUGCUACGAUUUAAAGAUAAUCGUCCUAGUGAAGUUUACAACAUCAGUCGAGGUUUCGAUGACCCCUUGAAUCUGGGCAUCAUAUCAACGUACAACGGUUCCAUAGACCUCAACAGAUGGGCAACGACAGGGAAUGAAUCUGAUGGAGAGCCUAGCAUCUGUAAUCUUGUCCGAGGGACUGAUACUGGUAUAUUCCCACCCUUCGUUGAUACUGAAAAACCUAUUUAUGGUUUUAAUACGGAUAUAUGCAGAGUCGUAGAGCUGCGGUAUAUCACGGAGACGUCUCACCAAGGUAUUCCUGCGUUAAGGUUCGUGGCUGGCGAAUGGUUCCUUGACAACAACGAGGGUUGCUUCUGCCUCAACUUGACGAGAGGGAUAAACGCGGAUAAUGGCUGCCUCCUUACGGGUGCCAUAGAAUUAUACAACUGCGUUGGUACUUUUUUGGUUCUGACCUACCCACAUUUCCUAUACGCAGACCACAUAUAUAGAAACGGUGUGAUUGGAGUCAGUCCAUCUGAAGAAAACCACAGGAUUUUCGUCGACUUGGAACCACUCACGGGCACCAUUGUUCGUGGUAUGAAGAAGGCUCAGUUCAAUGUAUUCAUGCGACCUGUUACUUCGAUACCAGCCACUCAGAACCUGCGAACGACUCUAACUCCUAUCGUUUGGGUGGAAGAGGGAAUGGAGUUACCAGAUCAGUUUGUAAACCUCUUGCAGACUCGGCUAGUGGAUCGACUUAGUUUAAUAGAAAUCCUCCUGCCAGUCGCCAUUGCAGUAUGCUGUCUCGUAGCGGUCAUAGGAAUCAUUAUCCUGACUGUCGCUUUGUGUAGAAGGAACAUAAAUAAUUCUAACAAGUCAAAAUAAGUCCGUGAUAUAUUUAUUUAUUAUGUUGUUUUUGUUAUCAAUUAAUUUUUAAUUUAUUACAUAUUUAUCAUUACUUUAAAACACUAAAAUUAUUAAUACAAUAUGCAUAUUGUUUUUAAUAGAAUAAUACUCAAUGAAAGUUGAGUGUCUUUUAAAAGAAGUUUGAACAUUACGAUGACGCUUUUGGUCAAAUUUCAAAAUGUAUAUAGUAAGAACAAAUAAAGAGUAAUCUGUUAUAUAA